CAUAUAAAAACACAGAAGAGAUAAGGUACACACUACUACAGUACUACUAGAAGAAACACUUUCCCCAACUCUUAUCCUUGAUUAAUUGCAGACAAACAUUUCUUCACUUGUCAUCCAAGUGAUGGCGGCAACAGCUGUCAGUUUCAAUUUGGUUGGAGCUUUCAAAGGACUCUCAUUUGGUUCAAAAGCAUCUUUCUUAAAAGGUGAUUUUGGUUCUGUUUCGAAUGUUGGCAAUGUUUCGUUUACGGUGCCGUUGAAAACGACACCGUUGACGAUACGGAAUGCGCAUAAGAAAGGAGCUGGAAGCACUAAGAACGGGCGUGAUUCGAAAGGGCAGAGACUUGGUGUUAAGAUUUAUGGUGAUCAGGUUGCUAAGCCUGGCGCUAUCAUCAUUCGACAGCGCGGAACUAAGGUCCAUCCGGGAAAGAAUGUUGGAAUUGGAAAAGAUCACACCAUUUUCUCUUUGAUUGAUGGAUUGGUCAAAUUUGAGAAGUUUGGUCCUGAUAGGAAGAAGGUGAGUGUUUACCCACGUGAGGUGCAGCCUGAAAACCCCAACAGCUACAGAAAUAGAAAGAGAGAAUCAUUCAGGUUACAGCGUGAACGUCGAAAGGCAAGGAAGGAACUUAGGGAAGGGGGUGUUGCCGAGCCUCUGUUGGUGCUGGCUUCAGCUACUGCUGCUGAAAUUGCAGUUGAAAACCAAGAUUGCUGAUUUGUAUUAUAUGAAUGACGUUGAAUGUUGGCUUCUUCCACAGAUGUAGCAACCAAUUUACAUUUUCACAAGCAUUAAUUGUUAUUGUAUGUUCCUUUUGUGCAUAUGUUGCCUUAGUAAGUACUGAAGUUCUUUUCCCUUCAAGCAAAGGUGGCAUAUUAAGUUAGUUGUACUUAUAGCCUCCACCUGUGUAUGAGAAAGCUUUUGGCUUGUUACAGGCUAUUAUGUUUUAUGCAAAAAUCAUUAAGCUUUA